AGUUAUUGACGAAAAAAAUUUUUAAAUGUGAUUACGUUGUAAGAAGAAUGGCUGGAGUAUUUGACAUAGAAUUACAUGACGGAGAUUCUAUAAAUCAAGACGAGUCGGAUGAUGAUAUCGUUGAAAAUAGAGAAGAAGAAUAUAAUCGUACUACAAAUAUAAAUACAAUAUUAGAAUCUGAUAAUUUAGAAAGAGUACAGUUAUCAGAACAAAAUGUCAAUGCAGGACAAGAGAAAACUGGUCCGCAAGAUUUUGAAUUAUGUAAAAUCCUUGGAGAAGGUGGAUAUGGAAAAGUUUUUCAAGUAAAAAAAGUAACUGGAAAAGAUAAAGGCAGUAUUUUUGCAAUGAAGGUAUUACGAAAAGCAUCCAUCAUAAGAAAUCAAAAGGACACAGCUCAUACAAAAGCAGAAAGGAAUAUUUUAGAAGCAGUAAAACAUCCAUUUAUUGUAAAUUUAAUGUAUGCAUUUCAAACUGGUGGUAAAUUAUAUUUAAUUUUGGAAUAUCUAUGUGGAGGAGAACUCUUCACAUAUUUAGAUAGAGAAGGCAUUUUCUUAGAAGAUACUGCUUGUUUUUAUUUAUCUGAGAUUAUACUUGCGUUGCAACAUCUUCAUAAUCAGGGUAUUAUAUACAGGGAUUUAAAGCCAGAAAAUAUUUUAUUAGAUGGCGAAGGUCAUGUUAAAUUAACAGAUUUUGGUCUUUGUAAAGAACAUAUAGAAGAAGGUACAGUAACACAUACAUUUUGUGGAACCAUAGAGUAUAUGGCACCGGAAAUUUUAACAAGAAGUGGACAUGGGAAAGCAGUUGAUUGGUGGAGUUUAGGUGCUUUAAUGUUUGAUAUGCUUACUGGAAUGCCACCAUUUACAGGAGAUGAUAGAAGAAAAACAAUCGAGAAGAUUUUACGCGGAAAGUUAAAUCUUCCAUUAUAUUUAACACCAGAUGCAAGAGAUUUAAUACGAAAAUUAUUAAAAAGACAAGUAUCACAAAGAUUGGGAUCUGGACCUGAAGAUGCUGAACAGAUUAUGAAUCAUAAUUUUUUUGAACAUAUUAAUUGGCAAGAUGUAAUAUCGCGAAAGUUAGAGCCUCCUUUUAAACCAUCAUUAAAAAGUGCUGAUGAUACAUCACAAUUCGAUGAACAAUUCACAGCAACUGUACCAGUUGAUUCACCAGUUGAAAGUACUUUAAGUGAAUCUGCUAAUAUGAUUUUUCAAGGUUUUACAUAUGUAGCACCUAGUGUUUUGGAGGAAAUGUGUGCGCAACCAAGGAUCGUAAAUGCUAGAAGCCCACGCAAAGGUUUCUUAAGUACAGGAAGUCUUCACAGUUUGUCAUCAAGAUCUCCUGAUGGCCACAUUCGUACAACAUCUCAUUUUCAUCAACAUAGGCAUCACGUUGUAGGUUCAAAUAAUAUAGAAGAUACCGAAAUGGCGGAUAUAGGUCCGCUUUUUAAUUUCUAAAUAUAGCAUAAUAAAUUUAAAUAAUCAAAUUAAUAAUAGAAUCAUUUAUAACGAAUAGAAGAAAAUGUUGGAUCUUCCAUUUUAGAUUCAGCAGAAAAUUUGUAAAAUUAUGUCCCAUAAUAUUUGUUCUUCGUUCCGACGAAAAUAGUUUAACUAUUUAAUUAUUGAAUUUAAUGCGAUUUGAAUUUAGACAUAAACAAUUCUAAACUUUAAAAGAAGUUACGCUUAUAGAGCAGCGGUGCUACUCUACAAAUCGUAUGUAGGCCUGUAAUUGCUCUAAUAUGACUGAUAAUUGUUUGCAAUGUAAAAAAGUAAUAUUAUAUGCGCUUUUGUUGUGUAAAUAUGUGCAGAUUUCAAUAAGUACAAUUUCUUUAAAAAAAAUUCUAUAUCAUUAAAAAUCUGAAAAGUAUUUUUGAUGACAUAUCUCAUCGACUAAUUUAUAUACAUAUAUAUAUAUAUAUAUAUAUGUAUGUGUAUAUACAGGAUGUUAAUUAUUGUAGAAUAUCUUUUGAGGAUCAAUUUUAACCAAAACAAAUACAAAAAUUGAUAUAAUAACAAAAUUUCAAUUAAAACUUAUUUAUCAUAAAAAAGUUGAAUAAUUAAUUAUUAUAAAUAAUUUAAAUUUAUAUUAAACAAAAAAAUAAUAGCGAAAUAAUAGCGAUAAUAGCGAAAUGUAGAGUAAAACAGUUGUAGAAAUAUUGUGCUCUUUUCCCAUCUCACUUCAUCUAAUGCAAACUUAAAUUAUAUAUAUAACUAUAAUUUAAUAAAUAAGCCAAUAUUUUUGUGUUUGUUUUUGUUUCUAAAAUUUAUUUUUCAAAGAUAUUCCACAAAUAUGUUAAUAUAACACCUUCUAUAUACAUAUACAAGUUUAUUGUUAGCAUAUAAGAUGAAAUUAAAAAAUUCAUUCAGCAUACAUAUAUUAAGAGGUUUAUUCUAAAAAAAAUAAAGAAAAAAAGAAUCUAUCGUUUCUUUGAAAUACAUUACUCGUAAAAAUAUGUAAAUCGUACAUCGUUCAAUAAAUUAAAUAAAUUCAAAAAAAAUUUGAAUAAAUAUACAUUCCAAACUAAUUCAAGUUUCUCAAAUGAUAAAUAUAUUUAAUUUAUAUAAAUUAUGCUGAUUAAAAUAGAACAUUGGAUAUAAUUAAAUUUGAAAUUUUGUUUUGCUAUUAAAAAAAUUUAUUUAAAUAAUAUUAUUAUUAAAAUAUGUUAUGAAAAGGAGGCUUAAAAAAAAAAGAAACAGCAGUAUAUAAAAUUGUAUUAAGCUUUGUCAUAUAAUAUUGGAGAAGAAUUAUAAAUAUAUUUAUGUAAAUAUGAUUCGGUGAAUCGCAAAUAAUGUUUUAAUAAGAAAAAAAUUAGAAUUCAUGCUAUAUAAUAUCUUGUUUUUAAGAUUAAAAUUUUAAAAAUGAAUUAAUUAAUUAAUAUUUAAAUUUUUUGAUUAAGAUUUAUAUGUUUCAUCUUAUAUGUUUCCUCAAAGUUAUAUUCGUUCGUUAAAAUAUGUAUAUGUUUUUAUGCAUGUUUUUACACAUGAAAAAAUUUAUGUCUUUCAUUGAUAUUUUAUUUAUGUCUUUCACUAUAUAUAAUAUAGUAAUAUGCUUAAAUUAUAUCUAUGAUAUUUUUAUAGAUAAUAAUAAGUCAUUGUUUUUUAUUUACUGUUAAUUCAAUUUUAUUUUUUACAUGUAAUCGUUGUGAAAAUGACAAUUAUACAACAAAAAUUUUAACUGCCCAAGUGUUCACAGCUAAUAGCUGGAUAGUAUUAAAUUUUCCAUAGAAGAACUUAUACAUGCUCACCUAUACACGUGUGUGUAGCAAUAUGUAUGUAAAAUUCUUGUUAAUAGUUAAUAUGUUAUAAAAGUAAAA